AUGGUCCUUCGAGGUGGUACCAAUGAGGCCUUGUAUCCCCUGUCCCUCUUUCUUGAGACGUUUGAGCACAUAGCAUUGGGAUUUACCGAAGAGGCUGUGGCCCUUUCUGUGCUGGAGCAGGUGAAGCAAGCUUCUCACAAAGAACGCUUGGAUCAGUAUUAUGCGUUUCAUCAGAAGACCUCUUUACAGGCAGGGUGGAAUUUGUAUCAUGCCCCCAGCGAGUUUAAACGACAGGGUGUCGGUUCUACUACGAAAGCAUGGCGGUUCUCGUUAGUGAAUGCCAACUACGACUUGAUACCCACAUAUCCCGCCACUAUCGUGGUACCUGCCAAUAUUAGCGAUCAGACACUGAUCCAAGCUGUGAAGCAUCGCAGCAAGGGUCGCAUUCCGGUCCUUACUUAUCUCCACUGGGCCAACCAAGGCACAAUCUCACGUUCGAGCCAGCCCAUGGUCGGCAUUACCCAGAAUCGCUCCGUGCAGGAUGAGCGGCUUGUCGAGGCAAUUUUUCUAUCACACGCCUAUGAUCAGGGAUUCCGUAUGGAGUCAACGGUGUAUGGUUCGACUCAGAGUAACCUGAUUGUCGAUGCGCGGCCCACUACGAAUGCGAUGGCAAAUCAUGCCAAAGGUGCCGGAUCUGAAAACAUGGAACACUACAAAAACUGUAAAAAGGUCUAUCUUGGUAUUGACAAUAUCCAUGUGAUGCGUGAAUCGCUGCGGAAGGUACAAGCGGCGCUUCGUGCCGCGGACGAGAGACCUGCCUUUAUUGAUUCUGCCACACCCACGCCAAUUGAUGAGCUGCAGCUGCAUCGUUCGCAGUGGCUCAAGCACCUCACGGCACUGUUGGAAGGGACCAAACAAGUUGUGCAGCAUGUCCACGUCUAUUCGUCGCAUGUACUGAUCCACUGCUCGGACGGUUGGGACCGGACAGCGCAGUUGGCAUCGCUCGCAGCGCUCUGCAUGGAUCCAUACUACCGCACGAUCAAGGGCUUUGCAGUACUGAUUGAAAAAGACUGGGUCAGCUUUGGCCACCAAUUUCAAGAGCGACUGGGCCUCCUGGGCCUAGGCGCUCACAAACACGACAUGACGCCUCCUCAGCACGAACUGGUUUUUGACGCUAAUAUUCCAGAAGAUGAGCGUGUUACCGAUCCUGUGGGAGCAUCUCAUGUACUAUGGGGAUUUACGAAGUCACUCACGCAGCAUUUCCAAGCCGGGGCUGCCUCUCAGCGCUCGCCAAUCUUUUUCCAGUUUCUUGACUGUGUUGCGCAGCUCCUGCGCCAAUUCCCUGAACGAUUUGAGUUUACUGAUACCUUCUUAGCAGAGCUCCUGCGCUUGGCGUACGCCGGCACAACAGGCACGUUUCUAUUCAACACAGAGUGUGACCGCCUGGCGCCUAGGGAGGGCAUCAGACCGCCCGCACAGGUGCUUCCUAGCGCAUGGGAUAUGCUGCUAUGCUCUGACAAGUGGACUCAGCCUCGGUUCAACCCUGCGCUGGACGUGCGCGCGGGCCCAGGUGACCACGGUGUCCUCUUCCCUGAUCCAAAAGAUGUGCGCUUCACGCCGACUCUCUUCCAACGAACGGAUGCAGAGCUCAAUAAAAAACUGGAUGCUGACCGUUUGGAGCACCAACGGUUUCAAGAGCGACUCCGCUUAGUUGGUCGCGAUGCGCAGUCUAGGCCCCUGGAUGCGCCAGCGACGGACCCGCUGAUUCCAGAGGAGACAUUCCACAUGGCGGCUCGUGGUGUGCGGGCUCUAUUUCAAGACGGCUGGAGUCGAAUGCAAGAUGCCAUACGCAAAACGAGCUCUGACACGCCUGAUGGACCCGUACCUGCGAGCCCGACCGUGGACACUGCGGCGCCGACACAACCGGAGCCGAGGGAGAUUCGUGCAUCACCUUUAAAUCCUUGGGUAUACAAGCCAGACGAGGAAUUGAGAGACCUAGAAACCCUCUCCCUGACGGACACGCGUGAAGCUCCUAAUCCCAGCUCGAGCAAAGCUGCCUCAUCCCAGGAACAGGGCGACCCGCUGAUGGGCGAUCCGUUAGGUGUGUGGAGUAUGUAG